AUGUCAUCCUCCGUGUUUCGGAUUGUCGAGCACAAUGUGCCUUGCCAGCACAUCCGGGAGUAUCCCGGCGCCACAGCUAAUGAGCAAGAGGAGCCUCUGCGUCUCGCCGUAAAGCAAUACAUCCCGCUCGACAACCCUAACCCGCAACCGGGCGAUGUGACGAUCCUCGGCGCUCAUGCCAAUGGGUUUCCCAAGGAGCUGUACGAGCCUAUGUGGGAGGAAAUCUAUUCCCGGUCAAAGGCCAACGGGUUCCGAAUUCGAAGUAUCUGGAUGGCCGAUGUCGCCCAUCAGGGCGAGAGCGGGAUUAUCAAUGAGGACUCAUUAGGGAACGAUCCCAGCUGGUUUGACCAUCCCCGGGAUCUCCUUCAUCUCAUCAAUGUCAAGCGGGCGGAAAUGCCCCGACCUAUUGUCGGUAUAGGCCACAGCAUGGGCGGUGCGCAUCUCGUACAACUUUGCCUGAUGCAUCCCCGGCUCAUCCACACUUUGAUCCUUUUGGACCCCGUCAUUCAGAGACAGACAACUCAAUUAGACGGUCUGAACAUGAUAGCGCACCAACGUCGAAUCGCAAAGACAACCCAACUAUCCACCUACAGACGCGAUAUGUGGCCGUCCCGCAAAGCCGCCGCCGAAGGAUUCAAGCGCAGCCCUUUCUAUCAAGCGUGGGACCCCCGCGUGCUCGACCGCUGGGUUCAAUAUGGCCUCCGCGAUCUCCCAACAGCCAUCCAUCCGCUCGAUCCCAACACAGCCAUCGAUCCAAACAAUCCGCCCGUCACCCUCCGCACUACCCUUCAUCAAGAAGUCUUCACCUUUUCACGGCCAAAUUACACUCAUGUGCCUGGUAGCGGCAAGCCCGUCAACCGCGUCACACACCCCGACCUGGACGCCGACCACCCAGACACCCACCCAUUCUAUCGCCCGGAACCGGCCCGUAUUUUCUCCCAACUCCCAUAUCUGCGUCCAAGCGUGCUAUACAUCUUCGCCGGAAAGUCAGACAUGUGCCUUCCGGAGAUGAGAGCGGAUAAGCUCGCAAAUACGGGCACGGGACUCGGAGGCAGCGGCGGUGUUGCCAAGGGUCGUGUGCAAGAUGUUUUUCUCGAGAAUUUUGGCCACCUGCUCGCUCAGGAGGCGGUCAAUGAAUGUGCCGAGGCGGCUGUUUGCUGGCUGACCCCAGAGCUGCGACGCUGGCGUGAUGAGGAGGAGAGCUUCCGUUCGGCGUGGAGUCAGAAAUCCAAGGUCCAGAAGAUGACCAUUGAUCAGGCCUGGCUCGACCAUGUCCCUGCUCCAGAACGUCGCCCGACCAACGGGGAGAAGAAGAUGGCGGCUGAAUCCAAGCUAUGA